AGACUUGUCAAGUUAAAGGAGUGAGACCGACGAGCAGGAUAACUCGACUUGAGCAAAGCGUGUUUGGAUUACUGUCUUGGCGACACAUUCUUAUUGGAAUUAAUCACUUGGAGUUCUUCUCGGAGCUUUUGGAUUGCAUAUUAUCUUUAAACAACAUGACUCUGGAAGAAGUCGUUGGAUGCGAUAUUACUGAUAAAAAGAUGGAAACCGUGAGCCAAGCCUUAGAGGAGCUACUCGUAGCAGCCCAAAGACAAGACUGUCUUACUGUCGGCGUUUACGAGUCUGCAAAACUGAUGAAUGUCGAUCCAGACAGUGUGGUGCUGUGCAUUCUGGCGACGGAUGAAGAAGACGAGGAUGAUAUUGCACUUCAGAUUCACUUCACGCUCCUUCAAGCAUUCUGCUGUGAAAACGACAUUAAUAUCCUGCGCGUGUCCGGCUUGCGACGCCUGGCACAGGUCCUCGAGGAGCCGAGCACCGUGGAGAACAAUAACAGCGAGCCAAGAGACUUCCACUGCAUUUUGGUGUCUCAGAACCCUCAGUGCCAGCCGCUGAAAUGCCAAGCGUUGAAGGAGGUGGGCAACUACUGCGACGAAAGCCGCUGCAAAAACCAGUGGGUCCCCUAUCUGUCUCUGCAAGAGCGCUGAACUCCACAAGUCGUCACCGCGUGGAAAGAAUAGAACCGCCGCUCUCUGAGAAUGAAAGGGGCGCUCGGAAAAGGGCUUUUUAGCGCUCUGCAUCAGCCACCGCUGACUGCCGCGUCAGGUGCAGGGGCUGAGAAGAGAGGAAAGUUCCUCGGACUGUGCGCACGGUGCGUUUGACUCCGCAGGCCAUUGCGUCCUCCACGGAAGGGAGCGUUUUUUUUGUUUGUUUUUUUUGGUUGGUUUUUUUGCGGCGGCGGAGGAGAGCCAUAGGAACAUGAGAUGCGGAGGUCUCGCCUACCGCUGCACGACGCGCUGGAGUUCCUGCAUGUGGGUCGCGUGGGAGCGUGCGCACUCGGUUUCAUCUGGGCGAUGGAGAGAAACUGAGAGUCCGUCGUCAAGAGUGUGGAAACCUAGCUGCGGGUCACUCGCUGGCUCUUUUUUUUUUUUUUUUAUUUUUUUUUUUUUUUUAACCCUUUUUUUUUAGCCAACUUAUUUAUUUGUUGGACUAUCAUCUGUAGAAGCCGAUAGACAUGGGGACUGCAUCUGCUUAUUGUGACUGCAGAGAGGCCAGUUUUGUAAGAGAUCCUGAUGUUUUUAAGCCACUGGUGCAACAUAUGAAUUAAUGUUUUAACUUAUUUUCCAUAAUUUAAACAGAGUAAUAUAUGGGUUUCAGCUCAUGUGAAAGUCAAUGAUGUUUGCAAUGCUGUUAAUAAAUUAUUGUUUGGAAGUGAAA